CGACCUAGCUAUACCUGAUACGAUCGUACCUAACCUCAAAAGGAAGCCGUGCGUCCGCACUCCGCAGGUGCGUUUAUCUCGAGUGGAGUCCCAAGACUCUUUUGACAGGAAUUUGAAUGAGCGAUACCGUAAUACCCGUAACGUUCCGGUCCGGGAAUCAGAAUUGCCUAAUCGUAGGAAAAGCGUAGGAAAAUGAGCGAGGAGAGAACGACAGAUCGCGACCGCUGCAUGCACUUCGUCGCUCGGAAGAAACGUUAUUGCCGCAUGACUGUGCGAGCGGGCAAACGAUAUUGCGGCGAACAUCAACGGGACGCUGACGACCCCGACGGGCCCGACGUCGCGGCGGACGACAGGAGGGUGAAGUGCCCGUUGGACCCCACACACACAUGCUAUCAGUCGAAACUGACGAAGCACUUGACCGUGUGCAACGCCAAGCGCAGAAUGGACGCGCGACCCGCGUUCAUCGUCGAGGGGGUGAAUCUGGACGAGGAGAGUACGGUGGCGCCAGCGCACGUGCCGUUGUCGCGGCUCGACGAGUCGAUCGUGGAGGCGGUGAUAAGAAAGAUCCAUUCCGCUCAUGAAAAGCUGCCAGAGUUUUCGCAAGACAUACUGCAGCACGACGUGCUGAAAUACAGAUUAAACGAUGGAACCUGCGGCAAUCGUCUUAGAAAGCACUUGCUCCAGAACGCAUCUCUGCUCGGACAUAUGGAACAGGCAGGUUUUGCGCAGGAUGACACCUGUUUCAUCGAAUUUGGAGCGGGCAAAGCUCAAUUAACAUACUGGUUGGGCCAGAUCAUAAAGAGCAAAUCGAACUCUUGCAUCUUACUAGUCGAUCGUUCUAGUCACCGGCACAAGAACGACAAUAAGCUGAAGAAGGAGGAGAGUCAUCUCGCGAUAAAGAGAGUACGCGCCGACAUUGCCGAUUUGCAGUUGAACCGGAUCACGGAAAUCCAGUCCGUCAAGCACAAAGUCGGGAUAGCGAAGCAUCUCUGCGGCACAGCUACAGACCUGGCGAUACGCUGUCUAGUGAGAUCGAUGAACAGCGAGCCGCACGUCAACGUCCGCGGCUUAGUCCUCGCGUUCUGCUGUCAUCACAAGUGCGAAUACUCGUCUUACGUGGGCCGAGAGUAUCUGCGGCAAUGCGGUUUCACCGUAGAUGAGUUCCCAAUCUUGUGCAGCAUAGUCAGUUGGGCGACUUGCGGUCUUCGCUCGAGAAACGACGCUAAAACGCAACCUGACGAAGAAACAACCAGCCCACAACACUGUGAAGAGGAUAACAACAUCGUACAGUCUUCAGAAUCGAAUGAACGCGAACUUAUUGGACGUAAAGCAAAAACGCUUUUAAAUUGGGGCCGCCUGAUUUUUCUACAAAGCGUUGGAUUUCAAGCGGAGUUAUUUUAUUACACGUCUACCGACGUCUCGUUAGAGAAUAUGUGCAUUGUGGCCACACGAAAAAGUUCGACAUAAAUAAAGCCCAUACGGCCGAUGCUUUUACAUCCAGCCAAUCGUGGUGCCGAGUGUCCUCCACUAUCGGGAAUAGCACGAGGCAGUAUGUUUCGAUAGUGAUUGAGGUGGCGUAAAUCAUCUAUUAUGGCUCAACGGAUAUUCGAUUGAUGCCCAAGUACAUAUUUACAAUUUUAUGUUUAUCGAUAACAUGAUGUGCAAUCUUUUUCAGUUUUGCACCUCGGUGAAUCGGUAAAUCUAUCCUACAUAUUUACAUAGAAUGAAACAUUAAGAUAUAGACAUUUUGUGAGAAAGAGAAAUUAGAAAUGUUCAAUAUUUUUCCAGACAUUUUACCUCUUAUCUUAGAAAUAGUUAUUCUAUUAUAUCUUAGAUAUUAUAUCUUAGAAAUAGUUAUCUUAGAAAUGUCUUUAAGGGGUAACAUCACUGUAGAAUUUUCAAAAAAUCAAAUUUUUUUUAUUGACUUAAAAGAUGCUUUGAACCUUCUAAAAUAUGAGGCAAAACGUCUAAUCCCUGAAAAAAAAUUUGUUCUAUGGAAUUCCGAGCUCCUCACCUAGCGCCUCGGAUGACCCGAAACGGCCUACCUGUGCCAACUCGAUACCCGCUGAGAAAUCCCCAUUUUUUUAAUUGUAAUUUCUUCGAAACUUCCAUAGAUGUCGAUAGUGUAGUGUCUGGGUAUAGUUAGAAGCAUUUCAAAACAAUAAUACGUUAGCUUGGCGUCAGCAAGCGUCAGUACGUGUACGAAAAAGAACAAUUCUUUCGCUUCGAAUCUUGAUUUUUGUGUGCAGUAUUGACUUUUGAUAGUUUAUUUGUGAUCUUAUAGUAUACAGUUUUGUCUUUCAAGUAAGAAUGAGUGGUAAGAAAGUGUACUCGGGCAGAAAAGGUACGAAAACAUCAUAUCCAACGCGGCGUCGAAGCAGUAUGUCAUCAAAGCGUCCAAAGAAUAGAUAUGAGAUUGAGAGCAGUUCGGAAGGAGUCAAUGCCUCUGCUAAGAAAUUGAAAGACAGUGACCAGGACUUUGAUGUGAAUUACGGAUUGAGCUAUAGGAUUAUAAAUUUUCUUGCCGUUUUCUCUGUUAUUUCUCAACACGUGAAAUGUAAAACGUGCAAUGCAGACAUCACGUUUCAAGAACGAAGUCCUCGAGGCUUAGGCUUCAAAAUAAUUACUGCUUGUCCCAACUGCCCAGAAGUUGUUAUACCAAGUAGUAAGUUUAUACGGAACGUAUAUGAAAUCAACCGUCGAAUCGUCCUAACAAUGCGCCUGCUUGGAGUAGGGUUAAACGGAAUUGUAAAGUUUUGUGCGUUCAUGGAAUUGCCACGACCGAUAUUUCAAUCGUUCUAUGAUAAACUAGUGGAUAUGAUUUCGAUCGCAACGGCAACAGUACGACAGGCCAGUAUGAAGAAAGCAGCACAAAAAGAGAAAGAGAAAAGCGAAGAGAAUGGUCAGUUUGAAGGAAUUACUGUUUCCGGUGAUGGUUCGUGGAGAAAACGCGGAUUUUCGUCGCUCUUCGGAAUUACGUCACUGAUUGGAUGGUUCACAGGCAAAAUCGUCAAUGUCGAGGUAAAAUCGAAAUACUGUAAGUUAUGCGAGCACUGGGAAAGUACAAUAGGAACAACUGAAUAUGAAGAGUGGCCGAUGAAUGUCAAACAAAUCAUGAAGGCUCAUCCGGUAAAAUGGAGGUUGACGCUGUCGUUGAAAUGUUCGAGCGCUCUGAAACUUUGCACGGUCUGAAAUAUGCAAACUACAUUGGAGACGGAGAUAGUAAAACUUUCAAAGGUAUAAUGGAUAAAAAUCCAUAUGAUAAUUUUGAAGUGCAAAAUAAAGAAUGCAUUGAUCACGUGCAGAAAAGAAUGGGGACCCGAUUGAGAAAUUUAGAAAAAAAAAGUAAAAGGCCUCGGUGGAAAAGGUAAAUUAACUGGCAAAUUAAUUGAUCAGUUGACAAUUUAUUAUGGUUUAGCCACACAUCGUAAUCCGAAUAGUGUAGAAAAAAUGAAAAAUGAAAUCUGGGCGACCUUAUUUCAUACAUUGUCAACCGACGAGAAUCCGCAGCACGAUAAGUGCUCAGAGUCUUGGUGCAAUUGGAAGAAGGCGCAAGCGGCGAAUUCAUUGGAUACCUUCCACCAUAAAUCGCCACUUUCUCAGGAAGUUUUCAAGGCAAUUAAACCGAUUUAUGAGGAGCUGAGCCGAGAGGAAUUAUUAAACCGUUGCUUAGGAGGUUGUACGCAAAAUAGCAACGAAAGUUUCAAUGCUACGGUUUGAAAUUUGGCUCCAAAAUCGUAUUCCAGCGGCAAAAAAGUCUUGAACAUAGCGACAGAUAUUGCUGUGUUUUUAAUGAUGGUCUGACGGAUAUUCUACAGAUUAUGAAAGUUUCGGAGAUGGACAUUGGUAUCCAGUCAUACAAUUUUUGCAUGGAAGCCGAUGCUAACCGCAUAAAGUACGCUGAGCUGUCCUUGUCAGAUGCGACAAAGGAGGCACGUUCCAACUUAAAAUCGGCCAGGAAACAAACUGAGGAGGAAAAUUUGAACUUGGAAGAGCAACUUUAUGGUCCUGGGAUAGCAGAUUAAUGAUUCAAAUUGGCACCAGUUAUAGUGCGUGCCGCAGAUCGCCUCAAAUUCAACAUGUCUCGGGAGAAUUGCUGCAAUGUCGCCAUUUUGUAAUAUUUUCGUACAAAAAUUGUUUGUAAUAUACUUAAAUAUAUGCUCAAUAACUA